CGCAGUGUGGCAGCAGAGUUGACGGAAGCGCUGUUAUAAAAAGCCGUCGGCCUUGGGCAGGAUCUUUGACCCGAUUAAGAAAAUAAACACAUAUAUAAAACGACUCACCUUUGCCCCACGUUUGGUUUUGGUUUACCAGUUCAUUGCAGCGCGUUUCUUUUGUCUAAGCUCGUUCUGUCAGCGCGCUCACUUAUGAGCGCUUUAUGGGCGGUUAUCGGCAGUGCCCCUUUAUUACAUUACGUGCUCUGCCGCUGAAACGACGAUAAACUUGAGCGACACGGCUGGAGACAGCGGACUUAUCGAAAGCUCGCCAUCAUGGCCCUCUUGCAGACUGCUCUCCAUUAUACCGGCAUUGGACUCCUGCUGCUGCUCGUCCCGCUCCUGGCCGCCUUCGGGUUCUACUGCCUUUACGUCAAAUACAUUCACUUCAAGUUUGACCACAUCCCGGGACCCCCCCGAGACAGUUUUUUACUGGGACAUUUCACAAGGUAUAGGAAGGCAGCAGAUAAUUAUAACGUCAGCCAUGAACUAUUUCGCAAAUGGGCUGAAGAAUAUGGGCCAGUUGUACGAAUGAAUAUGCUAAACCAGGUGUUUCUGAUUGUGACCAGUCCAGAGGCAGUUAAGGAGCUUCUGAUGUCACAGAAGUAUACAAAGGAGCCAAACAGUUACAAGCUUCUGUUUUCUUUGUUCCGACAGAGAUUUUUUGGACUUGGACUUGUGACUGACAUAAACCAUGAUCGCUGGUACCAUCAGCGUAGAAUUAUGGAUCCAGCUUUCAGCCGAACGUACCUGAAGAACCUAAUGUAUAUUUUCAAUGACAAAUCGGAAAGAAUGAUGGAAAAACUGGAGGAAGUAGCAGAUGGACAAACUCCUGUUCACAUGGCACAUUUGAUCAAUUGUGUUACUCUUGACGUAAUUUGUACUGCAGCAUUUGGCAUGAAUUUGAAUUUAAUGGAUGAUGCGAAGAUUCCUUUCACGAAGGUCAUUGAUACCUGUCUCAGAGGAAUGGCACAGUACAUUCGUAAUCCUUAUAUGCAGUAUUUCCCCUGGCACUGGAAUUAUGUGAAAGAAGUAGAAAAUGCAGCUGUCUUGUUACGCAAAAUUGGAAAGGAGUGUAUUGAUAAAAGAAAAGCGGCUAUCCUUCGUGGAGAAGAGGUUCCACAAGAUAUUCUAACCCAAAUUCUGAAGACUGCUGAGCAAGAAGAACAAGUUGAUGACGAAAUAAUGAUUGACAAUUUUGUUACCUUUUUCAUUGCUGGUCAGGAAACAACUGCUAACCAAUUGGCUUUCACAGUUCUGGAGCUUACAAGGCAACCGGAGAUAUUAGAAAAACUCAGAGCUGAAGUUGAUGAAGUCAUUGGUUCUAAGAGGGAUGUUGAUUAUGAAGAUCUUAAUAAAUUAACCUACACAUCUCAAGUUUUAAAGGAAUCACUUAGAUUGUACCCUCCAGCCCCAGGGACAUCCCGAUGGAUUCAUGAAGAUUAUGUUAUUGAGGGAAUAAAAAUUCCAGGAAAAGUGCCUGUAAUGUUAAACACCUACGCCAUGGGAAGGAUGGAGAAGUUUUUCAAAGAUCCACUGAAGUUUGACCCUGAACGAUUUCAUCCUGAUGCACCAAAGCCAUAUUUUUCUUAUUUCCCUUUUUCACUGGGUCAUCGCUCAUGCAUUGGACAAGUAUUCUCACAGAUGGAGGCAAAAACAGUAUUGGCAAAGCUGCUUCAGAGGUAUGAAUUUAAACUGGUUCCUGGUCAAACGUAUGAAAUGAUGGACUUGGGCACCCUAAAGACAAAGGAUGGAGUAGUCUGCACAGUCUGGCCAAGAGGUGGAAAGCAAAUGAAAAAGGACUUAAGUGCUGGAAAGUGAAAUAACAGCCAACCAUGUGCAGUGACCCAAUUCUGUAGUAAUCUGACUUAAUUAAUGUGAUUUAGUUAACUAUUAUGCUUGUAUUGUCUGACUUAAUUAAUGUGAUUCAUAUUUUUCUGUUUCCUGAAAUGGAGGUGUUUGAGAUGUUAACGUUAGUUUUUUUAUUAAACCUAACACCUUCAUGUGAUGCAUGGUUUUCCUGCAGCCUGUCCUUGAACUUGGGUCAUCGAUAAGUCAUACACUGAGAUGGAGUAGGGCGAAUGAUGACACAAAUCAACAAGAGAGAGUGUAAAGUGUAUUGUAUCCAACAAAGUGCAGUGCAGAUUCUUUUUUCAAUAAAUAAACAUUUCAGUAAAACUACGAGUGCUCUGUGGAAGUUAAAAUCAGACAUCAAUAAAUAGAUUCCACACCAGUUAAAAUAUGAAAGUUAAUCGUGUGUUCCUCUUUCACUCUGACUCUCAGUGCCUCUCUUCAUUUCUUAGCCCCAGUCACUCAUCUGGUAUACUAAGCCAGGAACUGGGACAUUUCAACAUUGUUCAUAUCAUUAUUCCUUGAAUAUUUGGUUACGUGAAUGGUAAUAUAUGAGAUAUGACUGCAUUACACUUGAUGUAUGCUCACUUGUGGUGAAGAUAUAACAAGAUGAGGUACAUGAACAUGACAUCCAUAGCUAAAGGCUACCUAACACAUCUCUUGCUUUUAAAGUUUUAACAGUUACCCCACCAGACUUUAUACCCAAACUUGUAAAUAUGCAGGGAUGUUGAGAAUAUGUUACCCCCUUUGUAUCUGAAAUAGCAAGUGUUGUCCCCUAUGUAUUCCAAAAGGAAUUUGUUAAAAAUGUGUAAAGGGAUCACAACAAAAAGUUUAAAAAAUAAUGUUGCCAUCUGUUCUUAAUUUCUGUAUUACCUGUAUGAGACAUUCCAACUUAUCUUUCGAACAAUAAAAAAUGUUAUUUUGUCAU